GGGUUUCCACAGGCAAGAUGGCGGCCUCCUGUGCGUCCUGCGGCGCCGGCCUUUCCCACCGGCUCUUUCUCGGGGGAAGGGUUAGCCUGGCCGGGAGACGAGUCCCCUGGAAAGCCGCGGCCACAGAGUUGCAGACAGUUUCCGGACCCCAGAUAUUAAGACUAAGACAUACCGCAGUUGUAACAACAAAGAAAAAUGUUGCAGCCUUAAGACGUGAAACCUACACAGUGGAUUUUAUUAAAAAGCAGAUUGAGGAGUUCAACAUAGGAAAGAGACAUUUAGCCAACAUGAUGGGAGAAGAUCCAGAAACCUUUACGCAAGAGGAUAUUGAUAGAGCUAUUGCUUAUCUUUUCCCUAGUGGUUUGCUUGAGAAGCGAGCUAGACCAAUAAUGAAGCAUCCUGAACAGAUUUUCCCAAAACAGAAAGCAACCCAGUGGGGAGAAGAUGGCCGCCCAUUUCAUUUUCUCUUUUAUACUGGCAAACAGUCAUAUUACUCACUAAUGCAUGACGCAUAUGGAAAGCUGCUCGAUGUAGAAAAACAUAAAAACCAGUUGCAAGCCAAAGGUCUGUUUUCAGAAAAAGAUAAAACCAAAGACCUGAUUGGCAGCAGAUGGCUGAUUAAGGAGGAACUGGAAGAAAUGUUGGUGGAAAAACUGUCAGACCAAGAUUAUGCGCAGUUCAUCCGGCUGCUGGAACGGUUGUUGGCGGUGCCGUGCGGCGGGGCUGCUGACGACUUUGUGCAGCGUUUCCGCCGGAGUGUCGCUGUCCAGUCAGAAAAGCAGCUGAUCGAGCCUGUGCAGCGCGACGAGCAGGGCCGGGCCUUCAGCGCAGGCGAAGGUAAGAGAAAGAGUGCGAAAGCAGAGGCCAUCCUUUAUGAACACGGAAGUGGAAGGAUAGAAGUUAAUGGAAUCGACUACCUGCUGUACUUCCCCGUGACACAGGACAGAGAACAGUUGAUGUUCCCUUUUCACUUCCUGGACCGACUGGGAAAACACGACGCGACCUGCACAGUCUCCGGGGGCGGGAGGUCCGCUCAGGCUGGAGCCGUGCGCUUGGCAGUGGCCAGAGCUUUGUGCAGUUUUGUCACCGAGGAAGAGGUCGAGUGGAUGAGACAAGUUUUGACACCUGUGGUCUGGACUGAUAGACUGACUCUGGCCACGACCGGCGCCUCUCUGGGCCGUGCACUCGGAGUAACCUGGCCGCGGAGCAGUCACAGCGGCCCCUGGCGGUGGGCCGAGCGAGCCGGCGCUCCUGCCUGAACUGACGACUCCUGGAACAAACCGCUUAUGGGGACGGGACAGCCCGAAAACGUAUUUUUUAGAUUCUGAAACACAAUACCAAGAAUAUUAUCACAUGAAUUAGAGUGAGAUUUUCUCAGAUGCGCUGAGUGAGCGUAUUUCGAGCGCGCAGUGACCUGCACCAAUGCGUGCGGGCCGCCGGCCCCGCGGGCCUUCCCUUCCCCGCGCUCAGGGAGCCCGCGCCCGAGGAGGGCAGGGGGCUUCUUUUGCGUGAGCAGCUUUGUCUUAAGUUGGAAACCAAAGCGGAACCUGCCCUCGCGCAUAAGGAAAGUGGCUGAUAAGUUGCGCAGGCGUCUGCCCCAGAGAUGGCACGUUCCCGACAGUGAACCUUGGCCGCCCGCGAGGCCUGGUCUCAGGUGCCUCCCCCGCUGGCCGCCCGCGAGGCCUGGCCUCAGGUGCCUCCCCCGCUGGCCGCCCGCGAGG